CGUCGUUUGUGGCGAUGGCGACGAGGUCUGUGGCGACACCCAGACCGCACUUCGUGACCUUGGGCAUGUUCAUCAUCGAUGAACUUGUGUUUCUGGACGGGCAGGGCAAACCGACAGGCAGGACGUUGCCGUCUCAGAUCGGUGGCGGGGGCACCUACGCCAAUAUCGGGGCUCGUAUCUGGCUGCCUCCUGAACGCCUAGGCAUGAUAGUAGACCGCGGGCACGACUUCCCAGAACAUAUACAGGAGAAGCUAGACUCUUACGGCACGGAGAUGUGGAUGUAUAGGGAUGACUCUUCCAGAGGCACUACACGGGCUUUGAUCGAGUACAAAGGGGACUACCAGGAAAGAUUCCAGUACCUGACACCGCGAAUCCGGCUCACGCCGAGAGAUCUCAUCGGCACGCCGCUGGAGCAGCCGACCACGAUGCACUUUAUCUGCUCUCCCUCUAGGGCUCAAGCCAUAGUGUCGGAAAUAAAGGAGUUCCCAGGAUGGUCGCCAAGAACUAUCUAUGAGCCAAUACCGUUCAGAUGUAUUCCGGAUGAGUUGCCUGCCUUGCGUGAAGUCUUGUUGUCAAUCUCGAUCUUCAGCCCGAAUGCUGAUGAAGCGCUUUCGCUUCUGUCGAUGCAGGGUACUCCCACCAAAGCGACUGUCGAAGAGGCAGCGCAGCGCUUCCUGGACAUGGGGGUAGGUGCGGACGGAAAAGGCACAGUCAUUAUCCGCAGCGGUGCUAUGGGUGCACAUAUUUUGACACGUGAAGGCGGCGGACGCUGGAUUCCGGCAUUCUGGGGACCAGAAGACGUGAACAAAGUGGUGAGCGUCACAGGUGCCGGAAACUCCUUCCUGGGAGGUCUAAGUGCUGGGCUGCUUCUUGCUGAUGGAGACGUGUACAAAGCCGUCUUGCAUGCCUCUGUGUCUGCAUCUUUCGCUAUAGAACAGGGCGGCCUGCCAGCUCUGACGCAGAAGAUUGGUGAUGAUGGAUCCAUCGUAGAGCUGUGGAAUGGUGAUACCCCUCAAUGGCGACUAGAAGGGUUGCGGGCAAGACUGCAAUAGAAUGUUAUGCACACAAAUUUAAU